CUCACCUUGGGCCGUGCAGGCAAAAUUACGAGCUUCUCCUUGGGCCACCGAUUUCCAGAAAAGCUUCACCGCACCGCAUGGCGAGCUUACUGAAUUUCGCCGCCGUCUGCUCUCCGAUGGGACGCUAAAGCUCGAACAUGGCGCAUUCUCUUAUUGGUCACUUGGUCCCGCUCUCUAAAACCCUGGUAGAGAACACCUCGAGCCCCAAAAUUCCUCUGUCUGAAGGCCCCAACGUCAUCGGCCGCAACACCGUCUCUCUUCCGGACAAGCGGCUCAGCCGCAAGCACAUCACUCUGACAGCCUCCGCCGAUGGCUCCGCUUCUCUGCUCGUGGAGGGGACGAAUCCUGUCGUUGUUAACGCUGGGAAUGAGAGGAUGAGGGUUGGAAGUGGAGAGAAGGUGGACAUUUGUCCUGGUUGUGUCAUAGAGUUGAUUCCUGGACAUCAUUUUUUCGUGUAUGAAGUGUUGAGUGGUGAUCCGAGUGGGUCUUCAGGUGUUGGAAAGAAUAAUGGUGUGCAUGCAAUUGAGGAUCGUAGUCGAAAGAGGAUGCGAAAAGAUGUUGAAGACCAGUCUUUUAUGUGGGACUCGCAAUCUCAGGCAAGCGGGGGACACAGUGAUGUGGAGGGGAUUCGUAACUUUCAUGUUCCCGAAGAAUUGUUGCCGUGCACCUUUCGGCUUCUACGUGUGCAAGGUCUCCCGGCUUGGGCAAAUACAUCCUGUGUUUCCAUAGAAGAUGUGGUAAAGGGCGAUAUAAUUGUUGCUAUCCUUUCAAAUUACAUGGUGGACAUUGAUUGGUUGAUUCCUGCCUGCCCAAUACUGGCAAAAGUUCCUCACGUUUUGGUUAUCCAUGGGGAGGGUGAUGGUACAUUGGAUCAUAUGAAGAGAAAGAAACCAGCAAAUUGGGUUCUACACAAACCUCCACUUCCCAUCUCUUAUGGCACACACCAUUCUAAGGCCAUGCUUCUUGUCUAUCCUACGGGAGUGCGGAUCAUUGUACAUACCGCCAAUUUGAUAUAUGUUGACUGGAACAAUAAAAGCCAAGGAUUGUGGAUGCAAGACUUUCCUUGGAAGGACCCAAGUAAUGCUAGCAAAGGGUGUGGAUUCGAAGAUGAUUUGGUGGAUUAUCUUAGUGCACUAAAGUGGCCCCAAUUCAACAUAAACGUACCAGCCGUUGGCAAUUUCACUAUUAAUCCUUCUUUCUUCAAGAAGUUUGACUAUAGAGAUUCAGCGGUCAGACUAAUUGCAUCAGUACCUGGAUACCACACGGGUUCCAACCUGAAAAAAUGGGGUCACAUGAAGCUGCGCAGUGUCCUGCAAGAGUCUACUUUUGACAAAGAUUUUCAAAAGUCUCCUCUUGUUUAUCAGUUUUCCUCCCUUGGGUCUUUAGACGAAAAGUGGAUGGCUGAGCUGGCAUCUUCAAUGUCUUCAGGCUUCUCAGAAGAUAAAGUACCUCUUGGCUUGGGUGAUCCACUGAUCAUAUGGCCCACAGUGGAGGAUGUUCGAUGCUCUUUAGAGGGUUAUGCAGCUGGUAAUGCCAUACCAAGCCCACUAAAGAAUGUGGAGAAGGAAUUUUUGAAGAAGUAUUGGGCAAACUGGAAAGCGACCCAUACUGGUCGCUGUCGUGCAAUGCCACACAUAAAGACCUAUACACGCUAUAAGGGGCAGAAACUUGCUUGGUUGCUGUUGACUUCAGCAAAUCUCAGCAAAGCUGCCUGGGGAGCACUUCAGAAGAAUAAUUCUCAAUUGAUGAUUCGGUCUUAUGAGUUGGGAGUGCUAUUUUUGCCAUCUUCCAUCAGAAGACGAGGUAGAAUAUUUUCUUGCACAAACAAAGGGGUUCCUUCAGAGUUUAAGGAUGUAUCUGCAUCAUCUCACAAUUCUGAAGUACGUAGAGCCAAGCUGGUGACCCUGGCAUGGCAAAGAUCCCUGGAUAAAGAUUCCUCACAUGAUAUAAUUCCUUUGCCCGUGCCUUAUGAGCUUCCUCCUCAAUCAUAUUCUCAAGAAGAUGUGCCGUGGUCAUGGGAUCGGAGGUACACGAAGAAAGAUGUGUACGGUCAAGUGUGGCCGCGGCAAGUUCAGCUGUAUGCUUAUCAAGAGUCUUGACUUCCAUGGACAUUUCUCUCAACCUUUCAAGAUGCCAUGUCUAUUUUAUAUGUCUGAGUAUGGUUCCACUGCGCUGCGUUCCGAUUCUAAUUAUUUGAGGUGCCGGAUGGACAAGGGCAGUAGUCGUUGGUUUCAUUAUCUAAAAAACUGUAAAUCGGAUGGUUUCACGUUGGAACUGCUCUUGAGGUACAUGGUUUGAUUUUAUUC